AUGGCUAGACAAUGGAUCUUGAACAGCCAGGAAGGCUUCGAAACCUCCCUCGAGUACCAAGAGAAUGUUCCUGUGCCCUCCCAGGCGGAACUUGGCUCCAAUGAGGUCUUGGUCAAGAUAUACGCUGCCAGCCUCAACUACCGAGAGCUUGCCAUCGCUGGUCCCAUGGGUGUCAACGGCCCCAUUACUCCUCCCGUCGUGCCGGGUUGCGAUGGUGCCGGAACUGUUGAGGCAGUCGGGUCAUCCGUCCAGGGCUUUAAGCCUGGAGACAGAGUCGUGACCAAUUUCGAUCCUUCGAUUCCCGACGAUGCCUUCUCCACGAUUGCUCAAGUCCCAAAGAUGCUUGGACAGGGCACAGAUGGAACACUCCGAUCCAUUGGUGUUUUCCCUGAAGGUGCUCUUGUGCAUGCUCCUAAGUCUUUGGACUGGCUGCAAGCCGCAACUCUUACAGUCACAUACACGACUGCAUGGAACUCACUCUUUGGCCUGAAGGGUAGAGAGGCUGGACCAGGCACUUGGGUCUUGGUUCAGGGUACUGGUGGUGUCAGCAUUGCGGCUCUCCAGCUUGCGACUGCCGUAGGCGCAACUGUCGUGGCGACGACUUCGUCCGAUGAGAAGGCUACCCGGCUCAAGGAGCUUGGCGCCAAGCACGUCGUCAACUAUCGCACCAACCCCGACGGCUGGGGUAAGGAAGCGCGAGCUCUCACACCCGGAGGACGGGGCUUUGAUAUUGUUGUCGAGAUUGGCGGCAACGAAACGCUUUCUCAUUCUCUCCAGGCUGUCCGCACUGAUGGUAUCGUCAUGAUCAUUGGGGGUGUCGGAGCAGACGCCGAGGCGGUUCCCAUGUUUGCAGCCCUCCUGCACACCUGCAUCGCUCGAGGUAUCCUUGGAGGUAGCCGCAACCAGUUCAAGGAGCUUGUUAGUUUCAUCGACGAGAAGAAGAUUAAGCCAGUUAUUGACGACGUGGUUUUUGAGCUGGCAGAGGUCAAGGAUGCUUAUCGGCGAUUGAAGGAGAAGAAGCACUUUGCCAAGGUUGUGAUUCGCGUUGAUCAUUGA